AUGGCGGCAGAGGUCGCGCCACUUCAGCAGCUGAAGCUUCCUUCGGGACCUUCUCAAAUUACUGCAGAACAGCGAUAUUGGAAAUCAUUUAAGAACCAACUUGUGAUUCCAUCGCCGACACAAUACCCCAUCACCCACAUCACCGUUCCCGCGAUUAAUCCAGCUGCGAUUGGUACUUCCAGUAAUGAUUAUUUCGCUGUUACAACGGGAACCCGCGUCCAGAUUUACUCGAUAAGAACGAGGAAGCUGGUUAAGACGAUUACUCGUUUUGGAGACAUUGCGCGAAGCGGAGAUGUACGACGGGAUGGUCGUAUAUUGGUGGCCGGAGACGAUACGGGCAAGAUUCAAGUCUUUGACGUCGGGUCGCGGGCUAUUCUCAAGACGUGGGCUCAACAUAAACAGCCAGUAUGGACAACGAAAUUCUCCCCGGCCGAUCUCACAACUCUCAUGAGUACGAGCGACGAUAAAACAGUGAGAUUAUGGGAUCUUCCUAGCCAAGAAAGUACAUCAACGUUCGUAGGUCAUGCCGACUACGUGCGCAGCGGCAGUUUCAUGCCCGGGACUAUGUCAAACAUGCUUGUAUCCGGUAGUUACGAUUCUACAGUGAAGCUAUGGGAUCCACGAACACCGGGCACAGCCGUCAUGACAUUUAAACAUGCUGCACCUAUAGAAGACGUGUUACCUCUUCCCUCGGGAACUACUGUUCUCGCAUCGUCCGAGAACCAGAUCUCCGUUCUCGACCUCGUGGCUGCGAAACCGCAACACAUAAUAUCCAAUCACCAGAAGACCGUUACUUCUCUAUCCCUUGCCUCAAACGGCCGUCGUUUAGUGUCCGGAGGUCUAGAUGGCCAUGUCAAGAUCUUCGAGACAACGGGCUGGAACGUCGUCGCGGGCGCCAAGUACCCCUCUCCAAUUUUGGCUGUCAGGGUCAUUACUUCCGGCGCCAACGACGAUGACCGACAUCUAGCAGUCGGCAUGCAGUCCGGUGUUCUAUCACUGCGCACACGGCUCACAGGACCCGAAGCGACCCGCGAGCGCGAGCAACAAGCGGAAGCGCCGCCACGGCCAGCUAAGCAUCUUGACAUGAUCGGAGAGGGCGCCGACGUCGUCAUCGCCAAUGAUCUCUCGCGGCCCAAGCGCGAGACGCCCUGGCAGAAAGACCUACGACACGGCCGGUUCGCUGCGGCCCUAGACCGUGUGCUCGACCCAAGCGCUAAGGACCACAGCCCGCUAAUGGUGCUCACGCUGUUGAUCGCGCUUCGCCAUCGCAGCGCCCUACGCGAAGCCCUUGAGGGCCGCGACGAGGCCACCGUCCAGCCCGUCCUAAAAUGGGUGCAAACGCACAUCAUCGACCCACGCUACGUCAGCAUGUGUACCGACGUCGCUAUGCAUCUACUCGAUUUGUACUCCGAAUUCGUCGGCGGCAGCGCCGAGCUCCAGGCCAGCUUCAAGACGCUACACCGCAGGGUGCGGCUUGAAGUCGAGAGGGCGCAGGUGGCGACUCAGACGAGCGGGAUGCUGGGGACCUUGCUGGUGAGCAGCUUGGAUUAA